ACCCGUUUCUGACGGCUAGUGCAAAAAAAAAGAGUCUUGUGAUCAAUUGCCAGUGGUUCGAGGGCGCAGAAACCUUUUUCGGGCAGCCGUAUUUUGCGCUUUUGCACACAUUUUCCCGACCCAACACACCAGUAUUGACACGGACAGAAAAUGCCCAUCUGCGGACCGAAACUAUCCCUGUGCGGUUUGAUUAUCUCCGUCUGGGGCAUAAUCCAGCUGCUGCUGAUGGGAGUGUUCUACUACAUCAACAGUGUCGCCCUGAUCGAAGAUUUACCGCUGGAGGAGCACUAUCCAACGCCGCAAGAGUUCUAUGCGGCCGCUGACGUCGCCUACAGUCAGAAUGCAUACAACUGCUGGAUUGCUGCCUGUAUCUACGUCGUGACGCUGGUCAUCUCGGUCCAGCAGUUCCAUGCGAACAGCCGCUCGACGGUCGCCUAAAUUCCACCCGGCAAAGACACCCAUCUUCAUCUCCCUCCCCACAACAAACAAAGCGCAAAGAAGAGAACAACACCUUAGGGCGUAAUUUAGUAUGAAGGGCUGCCGAUUCUAAACGCAUACGGAAGGCUCCGCUUGCUCCUACGAUGUAAAUAUGUGUUUUGGUGUCCAUCACCAUUAAGUUGUCCCUAUCGUUCCCUCGAACAACAUUCCGAGUAGGUGUGCCCGGUUGAACGCAAACAUCAUCAUCAUACGUUCGAACUCAAAAAUCCUUCCGCUCCGAUUUCCCUGUACUGUGUUUUGUUAAGUCAGGUCGCAACCAGAACAUCGUAUAACUUCACCAGACGAAGAACCGUUUUAUCAAUGAGCCAUACAGUGAACAAACGUGAAUGGGCCCCGGUUCCUGGAUGCUCCGGUGGGUUUCGUGCUGCUGGAGAAACGUCACCGUAUUAUCCCUUCCAUCUCUGUACGUGCGCGCACUCGGAAGGAGUGAUAAUUGUAAAGAAACGGUAAAUAUAUUAAACCCAACCCACAACACUUACAAACACCCGCUCCCUGUUUGGACUAUUAAAUAUGGUUGCAAUUGGUUGAUUAUUGAUGUAAUAAAACAAUAGUAAAGUAUGUUUUACGUUCUCUUUCAUUACGAAUGUUCGAAUGUUGGUGGUUGCAAAUUGCCUAGCGCCAGUUUUAAAAUUUAGCAGCUCUUUAUUUAGCUCUCCGGACAGUUAAAGUUACAUUAUCCUGCACUGUGACGGUUUAAAUAUACAGACAAACACACACGAAAUACGAAUAACUAGAAUAGAGAAUAGAUAAAACCAA